GCGCAUAUAUAUCGUUGUGGCCCAUUUAACUCGCGACGAAACGGAACACGCCCAUUCCGCGCUUAUGCAAUUGUAAACUGAUUGUAAACGUCGUGCAAUCAUUGCCGACGACGUCUUCUCCGCGACGCGUGUAUCACUUGUGUGGGUACACGCGACGUCGCGUUUUUCGCGACUAGCAUCACGCACAGCAUUAUAAGCGUCCCCCAGCCAUCGGAAUCAUCAGAUAAGGAUUGCCGCGCGAGCUGACAACUACGGCGCUCCUCAAGAAUUCUUUUCCUCUUGUCUUCUUUUCUCGCGCGGAAAGUAAUUCGGCGUGAGCGCUCGAUAGUGCAGUAAAAAUAAUAAGUCAUUCAAUGGUUAACCAAAUACCUGUGCCGCAGGCCAAAUAUGAAUUAUUAACUAACAUACGACAACCACGCUGGAGAACGCAGGUCGUUUGCCUUACUUUGUCAUUCCUGAUUGUCGGAGUGUUGUUUAUCACACGCGCUUGGUUCGGCAUACUCCUACUAAAAUCUCCGAGGACCAACAGAUUCGUCGAGGAACACAUUGACGAUGCCAAGAUUGCUACGUGGCUACGUCGGGCUCGGAUGUACGCCGAAUCGACGAAGGAGAAUCAGAAUGCGGACAGGAACACAAGUGUCAGCGCAUCGGAACAACACCGCCACGAUACAAACGGCCAGGUCCUCGUGUGCUACUAUACAAUACCGGGGGACCUGAACACGUCGUGGGAGCUCAGUCCGUCGCACAUUGACCCUCAUAUUUGUACGCAUAUUAUCGUGGGUUUUGCGGGCGUGGUGAACAAUACGCUCGACAUAGGCGACGAUGCGCCGGUUUAUGAGCGAGUAGUUGCUUUAAAGAAUCUCGAACCUAACUUGAAGGUCAUGAUCAGCGCUGGCGGAAACAAUGAGCUCCAUAAUGGUUUCUCCGAGAUGGUAAAAAAUCACGCGAAUAGAAAAAAGUUUAUCCAGUCAGUAUUAAACAUUACCAAAACUUUCCGUUUGGAUGGUUUUGACGUUGAUUGGGAGUUUCCAGCCUGGUUAGGGGCGGAUGAGCGUGAAAAAAUACAUUUUGCGCAAUUAUUACAAGAAUUACGAAAAGAAUUUGACCAUAGUGGGCAAAAAUUGAUUUUAACAGUUGCAGUUGCAGCGCCACAGGCCAUUGUGGACCAAAGUUACAGUAUUCCUGAAAUGGCAGAGCACAUUGACUUUAUAAAUCUCAUGUCAUAUGAUUAUCAUUUUUACGUUUGGUACUUCCCGGUAACAGAUCUGAAUGCCCCACUCUUUCCUCGUUGUACAGAGACAGGCUAUUUAUCCACAUUAAAUGUGAAUUUCUCUGCUCAAUACUGGAUAGCAAAGGGAAUGCCACGUGAGAAGAUUGUUAUUGGUAUACCGGCUUAUGGUCACACAUACAAACUGGACAAUCCAGUGAAUCAUGGUUUACAAGCGCCGGCUAGCGGAUUCGGAAAGCUUGGCGUAAAAGGCUUUGUAUCUUAUCCUACGAUUUGUCAAUUUUUAAAAUCUGGAGCUGAGAGCGUUUUUAAUAAAGAAAGUCGUGUGCCAUAUGCGUUCAAAGACAGGGAAUGGAUAUCUUACGACAAUGAGGAGAGCGUUUCUUACAAGAAUAUGUGGAUUCGUACCAAUGGUUUCAAAGGAGCCAUGAUUCUAUCUUUAAACGUUGAUGAUUGGAACGGCACUUGUUAUGGUACAAAUGAGACAUUUCCUUUGACACGUACCAUCUCGAAAGUAUUAUUUAAGGAGUCAGACAAGUAAUAAAAUAGGAAUACUUUAAAAACAUACACAUACAAUCAAUGAAUCUAAUUAUUAUUAUAAAGCUUAAGACAUUUUACAUUAAAAUGAUUCCAUCGCAUUCCUAUUUAAUAUUACUUGAUGUACACUCUACCUCAGUUGCUCAAAGAUUCUUUUGUACAAUUAAGUUGCUAAAAUAUUUCGAGCACAGUAUUAUAUGCUGUAAUAGAGCAUAGCACUUGUACCUGGUUGAGUCGAAUAAAAAAUAUACGCGCGUUAAAUUAUAUAUUACAUAAAGAUAUACGUUUCCUACAUGAUAUUAUUUAUUGCUUCACAAAUAAAUGGUACCCGCGAAAUAAUUCUAAGAUAUUCUCUAUUAAAUAAUUUUGAAAGGAGACACAGUAACAACAAUGAAAAAAUAUAAUUAUUUCGAGAAUGCCAUAUAUUAUCCAUAAUAAAUAAGCGUACAACAGUCAUUCGUUUCAGAAUAAGACUUUAAAUUCGUAAUCAAUUUUAUUUUUUCAAGUACUGCGUAUAUAGAUAAGAUAAUUAUUGUUAUAAUUAUUCAAGCCAUGUUAACUGAUCUCGUUAUACCAAUGUCAUAAAGUAUGAAAUAUAUAAAACUGUUUUACCC